AGUAGCACUGCAAAAAUGGCUGAUGGUAAGAUGGAUCUAUCAAAUCUAAACGAAAUUGAAGAUGAGGAAAAAUUGCAUAAAAUGAUUAAUGACACAAGCGAUUUUGAUGAGAGGAAGAAGAUUAGAGGAAGACUGAAGGAACUUCGAGAGAAGAGAUCAGUCGAGUUUGAAAAACGACGCAAAGCUGCUGAAGAGGCCCGUGAGAACGCUAUUAAAGAAAGGCAGAGGUUAGCGAACGAGGAGAAGGAGAGGAAAUUAAAGGAAUAUAAAGAAAAAGCCCAACAACCUAGGAUAGAAAGCAACUAUGUUGAAGAUUCUAUUCGCAAAAGACAAAAGGAGGCAGACGAGCAAAAAGCCAAGAAACUUGCAUCCUAUUCCUCCCCUUCCACUACAGAUAAAAAAGUUAGCGAAGAAACAGUCUCAAGGUCAUCGAAGAGUGAAACAACAACCGAUGGUAAAAAGAGAACAACUACAGUUACAACAACUACUACUCGUAUCAAAGGUGAAAAUAAUACUGUAACGAAGCAAACCAAACAAAUAACUCAAGUGGGUGGAGUAGGUGGUACUGGAUAUAAAAUGACAAAAGUCCAAUCUCCAGACGAUGUUUUGGAGAAAAUUACGAAUAAGCUGGAAGAACAUUCACUUCCCGGAACGCACGGAAGAGCCACGGUCCGGACAGAGCAUUGGAAUUGUCGUAAGGGGACAACCGUAAAGGAUGAGAAGACGAAAAUGUGGACAGCGAAAUUAAACGAUGGACAGGAUGGCGCAGCAGGAGCGGCUGGUGGACCUGUAGUUCAAAGAUCAGCCAGUACCAUAAAACAAGUGAUGCUUGAAUGGUGUAAAUCAAUGACAAAGGAUUAUGAACAUGUCGAUAUAAGAAACUUUUCUAAUAGUUGGAAUGACGGAAUGGCUUUUUGCGCUUUAAUCCAUCAUUUCUAUCCAAGAACGUUUGAUUUUAAAAGAUUGAAUCCAAAAGCCAGACGAGCAAAUUUUACAUUGGCCUUUACAGUUGCCGAAAAGGAGGCAGACAUCGCUCCAUUGCUGGAUGUAGACGAUAUGGUCAGAAUGAAAAAUCCAGACUGGAAAUGUGUGUUUACCUACGUUCAAAGUUUUUAUAGGCGUUUUAGAAAUUGGGAUGAGGAAAGCGAGAAGAAGAAGAGAGAAGAGGCGGAAAAGAAGAAGGAAGAGAAAAAAAAACAGGAAGAAAAGAAAGUAGAAGAAACCGAUAAGAAAGAAGAGAAUGAACAAUAG